GGUGAGUGACAGGAGAGGUUACCACCUGAAUGAGCACCCAACCAGGAUGGAACCCACAAACCUUUUGGUGUAUGGGAGGAUACUGCAACUAAUUUAGGCUCCUGGUCAGGUGGCAUUAAAAAAAUUUAACUUUAUAAUUUUGCCCAUUACUUUGAUGUUGAGUAUUUUUGGAGUAUAAUAUAUAUUUAGUAGAUUGUCCUCAAAUGAGAAAUUAACUGCUGUAUGUGUUUUGGCAUUUUAAAAAACGCUUUAGUAUAAUACAUUCUAUUGUGUAGGCAGUUUGUUUUUUAUAUUUGGCAGAGAAACAGAAGGUAUCCUUCGGUCCUUUUGCUUGGAAAGAGGUCGUUUGCCAUAAUUCGAGUGCAUGCUAUGUGAUGUUUAGAUCAACCUCAGUGAAAUGACUCUUCAGGAAUUGGUGCACGAGGCUGCCUCCAGUUAUUCCAGUAAAAAAGCUGUAUGUUUUGAUGAAUGUAACAACCAACCUCCAGUUUACUACACCUACAAGACUCUGGUUAACGCUGCUUCAGAAUUAUCAGAUUUUCUGCUAAUGCACUGUGACUUCCAAGGAAUUCGAGAAAUUGGUCUCUACUGCCAUCCUGGGAUAAACGUACCCUCUUGGAUUUUAGGAAUUCUCCAAGUCCCUGCUGCUUAUGCUCCCAUUGAUCCAGAUUCACCACCAGCGUUAUCAACUCAUUUUAUGAAAAAAUGUAAUCUAAAGUAUAUCCUUGUUGAAAAACAGCAAAUUAACAAAUUCAGAUCUUCCUAUGAAACAUUAUUGAGUACAUCCGAUAUAUCUACAGUAGAACAUAAUGACCUAGUACUCUUCAGACUUCACUGGAAAAAUGUUGAGGUGAGCUGGACGCUAAAUGAUAGCAAGGAGAAAUCUGAAAAAGAAAAAAUGGCAAACAGCACGAGUUCUGAGAACAGCACUGAAGGAAAGUCAGAGGAGCUCAUGGACGCGAGGCUGGAGCAUUGUUUAGCCUAUGUUCUCCAUACAUCAGGCACCACGGGGACACCUAAGAUUGUCAGAGUCCCUCAUGCGUGCAUAGUGCCUAACAUCCAGCAUUUUCGGGUACUUUUUGAGAUCACACAAGAAGAUGUUUUAUUUCUGGCUUCACCACUGACCUUUGAUCCUUCAGUCGUGGAAAUAUUUGUUGCUCUAUCAAGUGGUGCCUCUCUGCUUAUUGUACCAACUGCUGUCAAAGUGUUCCCAUCAAAAUUAGCAGCUGUUCUCUUUUCCCAUCACAGAGUGACUAUUUUACAGGCCACCCCAACAUUGCUUAGAAGAUUUGGAUCUCAGCUUAUCAAGUCAACAGUUUUAUCAGCCAGUACUUCUCUUCGAGUGUUAGCCCUUGGGGGUGAAGCAUUUCCAUCACUGACUGUCCUCAGAGGCUGGAGGGAAGAGGGCAACAGAACACAAAUAUUUAAUGUUUAUGGUAUCACAGAGGUAUCAAGUUGGGCGACUUUUUACAGGAUUCCAGAGAAGAUUCUUAACUCUACUUUGAAAUGUGAAUUGCCUGUACAACUGGGAUUUCCACUGCUUGGAACAGAAGUUGAAGUCAGAGAUACUGAUGGUUUCAGAAUUGAAGAAGGCAGUGGCCAAGUCUAUUUAGGUGGCAGAAACAGAGUAUGUUUUCUUGAUGGUGAAAUGACAGUAGCACUUGGCACAAUGCGAGCCACAGGAGAUUUUGUGACUGUGAAAGAUGGCGAGUUAUUUUUUUUGGGGCGAAAGGACAGUCAGAUCAAACGUCAUGGCAAACGUCUGAACAUUGAACUUGUGCAACAGGUUGCUGAAGGACUUCAGCAAGUGGAGUCCUGUGCAGUUAUAUGGUAUAAUCAGGAAAAAGUAAUUCUAUUCAUCGUGUCCAAAACUGAAUUAGUAAAGGAUUACAUCUUUAAAGAACUGGAGAAACAUCUUCCAAGUCAUGCAAUCCCAGAUGAGCUUCUGCUGAUUGAUUCUCUGCCAUUCACAUCUCACGGCAAAAUUGAUGUUUCUGAGUUAAGCAAAAUGUAUUCAAACUACACAAACUUGAAGUCUGAGCAUAAGCUCAAUGGAAAAGAGGAACUUUGGGAAAAACUACAGCAUUUGUGGAAGUCCAUUCUGAGUCUCUCAGAAGAUUCUUUGAAGGUUCCAGAUGAGUCCCUCUUCUUAAGUAGUGGUGGAGAUUCCUUAAAGUCUGUACGGCUCCUCAACGAGAUUGAAAAACUGGUUGGGAUGUCGGUACCCGGGCUCCUGGACAUUAUCCUCAGCAGUUCCAUUUCAGAGAUUUACAGUCACGUCCUUCAAGCAGUGUUUCCAGAUGAAGACCGGACAUUUAGCAAGAAUUAUGCCAGAAAAAGAAAAUUCAGCGACAUUAAUCAAGAAGAAACCAGUGGAGAAUCUUUACAUCAGAAAUCAGUCGUGCCUUUAAAUAUAGAGAACGAGAUAAAUGCUUUUAUUGCACUGAGCAGAGGGAGUCAGGUAUUGCCUGUGAAUACCACUAGGUUUUUAUGUGAGUUAGGACAUCGCCCUUCAGCCUCUUCUUCUGAUUUAAUUUCACAGCCUAACAUUCAAAAAGUGCAAAGCUUAAGUCCGCCAGCUUGUAUUGGGAAGUCAGAAGAUUCAGCCUGUGUUGAAGUGUGUGAAGGUGGACCUCCUGGGACAGAGGCUGAGACAGUGGAGUUACGUGUGAGGUGGAGGUCAGACACAGGCAAGUGUGUGGAUGCUUCACCUCUGGUUGUAGUACCCGCUGUUGAAAGGUCAUCGGCAACUGUAUACAUCGGCUCCCAUUCUCAUAGAAUGAUGGCCAUUGACCUUUACUCCGGGAAGGUGAAAUGGGAACAGAUUUUGGGAGAUCGAAUUGAAUCCUCAGCAUGUGUAUCUAAGUGUGGAAACUUUAUUGUAGUAGGCUGUUAUAAUGGGUUAGUUUAUGUUCUGAAAAGUAAUAAUGGAGAAAAAUACUGGACAUUUACUGCUGAGGAUGCUGUGAAAAGCUCCGCAACCAUGGACCCAACCACAGGACUCUUUCACCUUGGCUCUCAUGACCAGCAUGCCUACGCUUUGGACAUUUACGAAAAGAAGUGUGUUUGGAAGUUACAAUGUGGAGGAACUGUGUUUUCUUCGCCUUGUUUGAACUUGAUUCCACAUCACUUGUAUUUUGCUACACUGGGAGGACUUUUACUGGCUGUAGAUCCUGCCACUGGGAACAGAGUCUGGAAACAUUCCUGUGGGAAACCACUCUUCUCUUCUCCACGGUGUUGCGGGCAGUUUGUGUGCAUUGGCUGUGUGGAUGGGAAUUUACUUUGUUUUACUCACUCCGGAGAACAGGUUUGGCAGUUUUCUACCAGUGAGCCAAUCUUUUCAUCCCCAUGUACUUCCGCAUCAGAGCAAGAAAUAUUUUUCGGUUCCCAUGACUGCUUUAUCUACUGCUGUAGUAUAAAAGGUCACCUCCAGUGGAAAUUUCAAACUACCUCCAGGGUGUAUUCAACACCAUUUGCUUUCCAUGACCACAAUCAUAGCAAUGCAGGGUUGCUGGCAGCAGCAUCUACUGAUGGGAGACUGUGGGUCCUGGAAUCCAAGAGUGGACAGUUGCAAAGUGUGUAUGAACUUCCCGGGGAGGUGUUCUCCUCUCCUGUGGUCUGGGAAUCAAUGCUUAUUAUUGGAUGUAGAAAUAAUUAUGUUUAUUGUAUGGAUAUAUUAGGGAGCAAGAAAAAAUAAUCAAGUAUAGUCUUUAAUAGACUAUAUCUGAGCUGUUUGAAAGUAUCAUUAUAAGAAGCAUGUGGAUAGUCCUAUUUCAUGAUAAAGGUUUUUUUGUUUAAGAAACUUGUCUAUUACACUUUUUUGGAGAACAACCAUGUUUUAUUUCCUGUAGGAGCAACAAAUACUUUUAAAAGGAGUUAUAAUACAAAACAUAUCAAUAUAUUUAAUAGCACUUUUUAAAAAUUAGGUUAGAGCUAUUUGUUUUUUUAUAGAAGACCUCUUGAAAAAAAAGAUCAGAAUACACUUGGUGACUUAAAAAACUUAGUCUCUGAGGUAAUAUACCAUUCACUCAUUAAUACUGAGAUUCACAGCAAAAGAUUUAUUUUUAAAGAUUUUAUUUAUUCAUUUAGAGAGACAGGGGAAGGGAGGGAGGAAGAGGGAGAGAAAUAUCAGUGUGUGGUUGCCUCUUGCAAGCCCCCUACUGGGGACCUGGCCUGCCACCCAGGCGUGUGCCUUCACUGGGAGUCGAACCUGUGACCCUUUGGUUUGCAGACCUGUGCUCCAUGCUCAAUCCACUGAGCCACACUGGCCAGGGCCAUAACAAAAAAAUUUUUAAGGUAGGAUCUAUUCAUCAAAUCACAUUCCUUAUUGAUUAAUUUUAAUUUUUUAAGUUGAAUUUUUUGG